AGCGAGCUGUAGCUGCUUUCCUGGGAGCAAGCCCUCUCUCUCCAGCGGCGCAGUCCUGCCUUGACUCAGGCUCCGCUGCUUGGAGCUCGCCCGCCUGCAGGACCACAUUGCAAGGCUCAGACUCUCCCACACCUCGUCGCCUGGGAACUCUCUCCUGUGGAAUCUCAGAAAAUCAAAUCCCUCCUGUGACUAUUACACACAGAAUUUCCUUAGAAGCUGUGUUUGGAGGUUCAGUUACUGAAUGGAUGGAGACAAAAAUAUGAAGGGAAGAGAUUGCCUUGUUGACUGCGGGCAGAGGGCAUCUUUUCUCAGCUUCAUACAUGUGCUUUGACCUAAGGUCAUGACCCUUGUAAUUAAGAAGUUAUUGAAGACAAUGUCGAGUGUGGGCCAGGAGAAAAUGUGAUUAGAGUCUGGAGUCGACCGUGCAUUUUGAACACACAGCACCUUUCAUUUGGACUCUAAGGAUGGAGAAAAAGCAUAUACUGUAUUUUGUGCUUCUCUUGCCUGUUAGUAUGAGUCUUGUCUCGGCGCAGGCAGAAGAAGAAGGCUUUAAUCAAACGGGGCUGGGAGUCACUAGAAACAAGAUCAUGACGGCUCAAUAUGAGUGCUACCAAAAGAUUAUGCAAGAUCCUGUUCAACAGGCAGAAGGCCUUUACUGCAACAGAACCUGGGACGGCUGGCUGUGCUGGAAUGACGUCGCGGCGGGAACCGAGUCGAUGCAGUAUUGCCCUGACUACUUUCAGGACUUCGAUCCUUCAGAAAAGGUUACAAAGAUCUGUGACCAAGAUGGACACUGGUUUAGACAUCCAGAUAGUAACAGAACAUGGACAAAUUACACUCUGUGUAACAACAGCACGCACGAAAAAGUGAAGACUGCACUGAAUUUAUUCUACCUAACUAUAAUUGGACAUGGAUUAUCUAUUGCAUCCCUGCUCAUCUCUCUCAUCAUAUUUUUUUAUUUCAAGAGCUUAAGUUGCCAGCGGAUCACCUUGCACAAGAACCUGUUCUUUUCAUUUGUGUGUAACUCGAUUGUGACGAUCAUCCACCUCACUGCGGUGGCCAACAACCAGGCCUUGGUGGCCACAAAUCCUGUGAGCUGUAAAGUGUCUCAGUUCAUCCAUCUCUACCUGAUGGGCUGUAACUACUUCUGGAUGCUCUGCGAAGGCAUUUACCUGCACACGCUCAUCGUGGUGGCCGUGUUUGCAGAGAAACAGCACUUGAUGUGGUAUUAUUUUCUUGGCUGGGGGUUUCCGCUGCUCCCCGCCUGCAUCCAUGCCAUGGCCAGAAGCAUGUAUUACAAUGACAAUUGCUGGAUCAGCUCAGAUACCCACCUCCUCUACAUCAUCCAUGGACCGAUUUGUGCUGCUCUACUGGUCAAUCUCUUUUUCCUAUUAAAUAUUGUACGUGUUCUCAUCACCAAGUUGAAAGUUACUCACCAAGCAGAGUCCAAUCUUUACAUGAAAGCCGUGAGAGCUACCCUCAUCUUGGUCCCGCUCCUUGGCAUUGAGUUUGUGCUCUUUCCCUGGAGGCCUGAAGGAAGGGUUGCCGAGGAGGUGUAUGACUAUGUCAUGCACAUCCUGAUGCACUAUCAGGGUCUUCUGGUGUCUACAAUUUUCUGCUUUUUUAAUGGAGAGGUUCAAGCAAUUCUGCGAAGAAAUUGGAACCAAUAUAAAAUUCAAUUUGGAAACAGCUUUUCCCACUCCGAAGCUCUCCGCAGCGCAUCCUACACGGUGUCUACCAUCAGUGAUGUCCCAGGGUACAGUCACGACUGCCCCACUGAACACUUAAAUGGAAAAAGCAUCCAGGAGUUUGAAAAUGUUGCCUUAAAGCCGGAAAAAAUGUAUGAUCUAGUCAUGUGAUACCAGGGAGCUCUCACCUGUUUCCUGCCACUCGAACCUAUGAUUUUAUAGCCAGAAGAUUUAACAGCGAAUGGAUUUCUUGAAUGCCACAAAGAAAGCCCUCAAAUGAAAUGAGACUUGUGUUGAUAAAUGUCCAACCCUCUCUCUAUGGGGAAGAGCCUCAACUGAUAGUGUUGGCCAGUAAAUGCUCCCACUGGGCUGGUUUCGAGUUAUCAACCUGUUAACUGUGGAACUGGAAAGAAGAUAAACACAAUCACCUCUUGGGAGCUGCCAGGUUUUGGAACCCACACAGCACUGCACGCUCGCACAAAUGGGUGACCGUACCUUCACACCUGUGCUGACCAGAGAGCUCUGCACUUCUCACCGGAGGAGAUCUUGCUCCAGUUUACAGACAUGAAAAGAUUUGUGAUUUAUGUCGGUUAUAAAACUCUCUGACCUAUGGUCAUCUGUUGGAAGUGAAUGGUUUUCCCAGAGGAGACUCCAGCCAUCUUUAUGAUGUCUCCAAUGGACUAGACGGAGUGCGUUAUCUCUGUCAUCUCAUGUUCUUUUCUUUAAGAAAAGCAACUGAACAGAAUUCCUAUGGGUUUCUCAGUUGCUGCUACAAACAGUUCUACCAAUCUGACACUUGGUGAGCAAAAUCUAGAAUUUGCAGUCUUUUUCUGAAUCACCAGGGAGACGUAUUGGUGGAAGCUGCAAACCCCUUGUCAGCUACUUUCAAAAAACCUUAGUGCAGGCCUCGGAGAUCAGUUUCCUGAAUCUGUGCAUAGAAACCUUGGCCUUUCAAUUUCUACUGUGUAGACAAGUGAGCACUCAUUUUACAUGAAGGGAAUCAAUGAAGGAUUUCUUUUUAUCUUCUAAAUCUGAAAGAGAGAGAGAGAGAGGAGAGAGAGAGAUUUUGUGCAAAUGAACCUGUAAAUACUCUGUCAUUUUAUUUUAUUGUUUUAAUUCUAAACAGAACCUCGGUAACUUUGAAAGCAAUUAGAUAAUGCAGCAUUAUAUGCAACUUAGUAUCUGAUGCUGUAUCUGGGCUGAUUUUAUGGUAGAGUCCUGAAGUCUAUAUUUGGUAAAUAUUUUAAGGACAACCAGAUACCAGCAUCAGAAGUCUGAGAACUAUUAACAAACCCCAGAAAUACCAGUGAUUAAAUAUGAAAUAUUUAUUUAACAAUGCAAACACAUUAUCUUUAGUGUGCUGACAUAUUUCUUCAAUUUUGAUGACGACUCACUGAAAUCAGGAAUUUUUUAACAGCUACAGCAAGAAAAACUAGUCUGCUACAGGUGUGGGCUUUAAUUUACUAAAAUAUACUUUACUGACUUUUACUAAAUGAAGCUGUCUAGUUUUGAAAAAAGACCCAGGUUGCCCCGCACCGCUGCCUUGGUCUGCGCUCUAUGCGCUAGACCUCAGUUUGCCAGCUUCGGGAAAGGGGCUGGAGGUUGAGAACUCAGACGCAGAGACAGACCAACACACAGAACUCCCAAUGCUGGUUCAGAAAGCCCCACUUUAUUAACACCAUGUAGACUUAAAUACACUGCAGUUAAUGGUCAACAGGUGAUCCUCUGAGCCUCUAACUAGGCACAGCUUCUAGAAACUUAGAAGGUUCUAGGAGGGAAAAGCACUGAAGGCUAGGACUCAUUAAUCCCAACACCAGGUUAUUUUUUAAAUGAACCAUAGAGGAAUUUUAUCUAUAUAAUAUACACUGUUUCAGUAUUUCAGUAGACUACUGUGGGUGAUAGAUAAGACAAGCCAGGGAAAGCCUUGAACUUACCAUGGAGGAGGAACUGUCAGGUGUUUAAGUAAUAAUUAAAUUAAGAUAGAGGAAAGCCUUGUUCCUGAGGUAAAGAGACAUCUAAAUGGAUUCAGUUCUUCUAAUAUUGCUUUGUUCUGGACUUUCUGAAGGGCAAGAUUGAUUUCAGUUAGUAAAAGUCAGUUUGGGGAAAGUCAUGUAUGUAUUUGUUGAAGCAUGUCAGUCAGGUUACAGUGGAUGAAUCGGACAUAGUGUCUUAUGUUGUCUAACAUCGUCAAGGAAAGUAAUUCAGAUUGUCAAGGACUGACACAGUAGAUGAUCUGGUAUAAGUAUUUGUAAUCUAUACAGGCAAAGGUGUUACUAAGGUGGGUUCAGUUUUGUGGAUUCCAUAGCAAGCCAUCAUUAAAAGGGAGUGCAGAUUGUUCUGAACUUUCAGUUGCCAAAACUGUACAAAACUUCUUUUUACUAUUCUCAGAUUUUAGCUAUUUAUUAUUCAGAGGUCUAGAUUCCUAUCCUUGCGGACAGUGUUCACGUAGCUCUGCAUUCUCCCCAGCUGUCAAGUAUUAGCACAGAAUGCUGUUACCAGAGAGCAUGUUUAAAAGGUAGUACGCGUUUCAGUUUUAUUCUUCUUUUCCCAUAUUGAGCUAGCUGAGAUUUCUUUACUGAGGCGUAAUCCUCAGCCACACUGGUCUGAGGUUCGUCAGCUUUAGUUUUGUGAUGAUAUUUGAAACUAGACUUCUACAGCCGAAGUGCCAACGAAAACUUUCUGUAUUGCCUGUAGAAAACAAAAACCUGACAGUUUUGAAGGGAAACUUCUCUGGUGCCUAAAAACUAAUUUAGAGAAAUUUCUGGUAUUUUAAAAGUUUAGGUCUAUCGUUUUUCUACAGUUGUUUCUUAUAGUCAUGGCUGACCUUUUUAGAAGUGACUUUGUACUUUUUUAUUGAUAAGCCAUUCGUCCUGGAGUUUAGCGUUUGUUCGAAUAUAACAAACUGUAUAGAAUUUAGCAGAACGCGCAGUGUUCUCACUGCUUAGUUUAAUGUGAAUAUUUUAAUUUUCUUCGUGUUAUAAUUUACUCACAGAAACAGUACCUUCAAAUCAUAUCCAAGAUGUUCCACUCACUAAAGAGAAUGUAUGUUUUAUCUAUUUAAAAAUCUCUUGUUUAGAUCUUAUGAGAAUAUUAAAGCUAACAUUGAUGCUCACUCAUCUCCUCUGGAGAGCAGAGUAACUGAAUCUCUCACAAAGUUCUUGCCACACUUGAGAUAUUUUGCAAAAUAAAAGAUGAUGUCUUUAGCCUUUUCUUUAAAGACUUCAAUAAACUAGUAAGUAAAUUUAAUAAAUUAAUUAAAAAGG